AUGCUAAGGAAUGGCAGCACAGUGACAGAAUUUAUCCUCGUGGGCUUUCAGCAGAGCUCCACUUCCACAUGAGCAUUGCUCUUUGCCCUCUUCUUGGCCCUCUACAGUCUCACCAUGGCCAUGAAUGGCCUCAACAUCUUUAUCACCUGAACAGACCCCAAGCUCAACAGCCCCAUGUACUUCUUCCUCAGCCACCUGUCUCUCCUGGAUGUCUGCUUCAUCACUACUACCAUCCCACAGAUGUUGAUUUACCUCGUGGUCAGGAACCACGCUGUCUCCUUUGUAUCUUGCAUGACCCAGAUGUACUUUGUCUUCUGUGCUGGUGUGGACGAGUGCAUCCUCUCGGCUUUUAUGGCCUAUGACCGUUACGUUGCUAUCUGCUACCCACUUAGCUACGUCCAGAUCAUAAGCUAGAAGGUCUGUCUCAGGCUUGUGGGAACUGCCUGGUUCUUUGGACUGAUCAAUGGCAUCUUUCUAGAGUAUGUUUCAUUCCGAGAGCCCUUCUGCAGAGACAACCACAUAGAAAACUUCUUCUGUGAGGCCCCCAUGGUGAUCGGCCUCACUUGUGGGGACCCUCAGUUUAGUCUGAGGGCAAUCUUUGCCGAUGCCAUCGUGGUGCUGCUCAGCCCCAUGGUGCUCAUUGUCACUUCCUAUGUGUGCAUCCUUGCCACCAUCCUCAGCAGAGCCUCCUCCUCAGGUCGGGGGAAGACUUUAUCUACUUGUGCCUCUCACCUGACUGUGGUCAUCUUUCUCUACACCUCAUUCUCUUACAUGAACCCCCACAGCACACACGGGCCUGACAAAGACAAACCUUUCUCCCUCCUGUACACCAUCAUUACCCCCAUGUGCAACCCCAUCAACAAGGAAAUGAAGGAGGCCAUGGUGAGGGCACUUGGGAGAACCAGGCUGGCCCCGGCACAGUCUGUCUAGCAGGAAGGCCCUGAAAGGAAAGCUCCUUCACCUGGGGUAUGGGAAAGUUACCCCUUCCCCAGCGCUGGCAGAGGAGUAACUCUCCUAUGCUGAAAGGCUCCAGGAAGGAGCAUGGCUUCCUUGGUUCAUGGCUUCCUUGGCACUAGAAUCAGACCUGAAAGUUCCUCCUGAUGUCCAAUGUCCUGAUGUUAUCUCUCUGACUUCACUUCCACAUUGUUUUUUCUUGGACCUUCCUCAGGUCCAAGAGGAAAAUUUCAGAUUUUCCUUAGUUUCUUUUCCUCUUAAGUUCUCACAAUAGGAUUCAAUCAAUAAG